UCGUCAUUUUGAUUUAUAGGGGUUUGCAGUGUGUCGUUGUACAUAUCUGAUCCAUCACUAUAAGCUCCGCGAUUUUUUUUUUCUCAAUCGAAACGUUCGAAUCGUUUUGAGUUUGAUAUUUUUUCGGCGCAUCGAAAACAUGGCACCGAACGUUGAAGCCGCUGGCAGUCUGAAAUGCUGCAAAGAUGACGAUAUCGUGAUCUCCGGUCUGUCCGGCCGUUUACCGCAUUGUGAAACGUUCGAAGAGUUUAAAGAUAAAUUGUUCAAGGGCACGGACAUUCUUGCCGAGGGAGAAAGCAGAUGGCCAGAAGGCAUCUGUGGAGAGGCCGUUACAAAAAUUGGGACCGUCGGUGGUUUAUGGAAGUUCGACUCAACUUUUUUCAACGUACAUCCGAAAUUGGCCGAAAGAUUGGACCCACAGAUUCGUAUCAUGUUGGAAAGCACAUACGAAGCGUUUGUAGACGCCGGAGUGAACCCGACGUCGUUGAGGGGAUCGAAUACCGCGGUGGUCGUGGGAACGACGAACAACGACUGCGCCGAUUGGUGGUCCGCAGAUCCCGAUCGUACGAAUGGUUAUGAAUUUUUGGGCAACACCAGGACCAUGUUUCCCAAUCGUGUUUCCUUUUCGUUCGAUCUGAAAGGGCCCAGCUACGCCAUCGAUUCGGGAUCUUCCGGCAGUCUGCUAGCUUUCGAGCACGCGUACCGGAUGCUCAAACAAGGGACCGUGGACGGUGCUGUGGUCAUUGGAUGUUCGCUGCUGCUCAACCCAGUGCUGUCGGUCAUGUUACAGAAAAUGAACACCGUCUCGCUGGAGGCCAAGAGCAAACCGUUCGACGCUUCCGGCCAAGGGUGUGUCCGCAGCGAUGCCGUCGUCGUCGUGUACAUGCAGCGCGCCAAAGACGCCAAGCGGGUGUACGCCACCGCGGUGAACGUGGCCGCGAACACUGAAGGGUUCCGGCUAGAAGGGGCCACCUAUCCCACCAACGGGCAACAGAUCGAGUUGUUCAAGGAGGUAUUGGACAACGCCAACGUUAGCGCCGCCGACGUGGACUACAUCGAGAGCAGUGCUUGCGGCGAACAGUUGAGCGAUGCUCAAGAACUCAAUGCCAUCACCGAAGUGUACUGCAAAAACCGUUCGAAACCUUUGUUGAUUGGAUCCGUUAAGUCUAACAUCGGGGACAGUGAACCUGCGUCUGGAUUGUGUGGUGUUUUGAAAACGGUGUUGGCCAUGGAUAGUAAAAAACUGCCACCAACCCUUAACUACAAUAGCCCGAAUCCCAAAGUUCCAGCACUGAAGGAUGGUCGGCUUGAAGUAGUCAAUAAAUCAUUACCGUGGAAUGGACAAUAUGCUGCCGUUAAUGCUGUAGGAAUAGGAGGAGUCAACGCUCAUGCACUGCUUAAAGCAUAUGAAAAGGAAAAUGCUCUGCCCCAAGAUAUCAUCCCUAGAUUGGUAGUCGGAUCAGCGAGAACUGAGAGUGCGAUUAAUUACAUGUUAGACAGAAUCGAGUCAUUACCCAGAAACCCAGAAUUCUAUGGACUUUUGUAUGAUGUUCAAAGUAGAAACAUACCAGGACACAAUUACAGAGGAUAUAGCAUUCUUGGAGAACAAAACAAUCGUGAAAUAGCUGUCCUCGGAGCCGGUAAACGUCAAGUAUGGUAUGUAUUCUCCGGUAUGGGAAGUCAAUGGACUGGCAUGGGCCGUGAUCUUUUAAUAUUACCACCGUUCAAGGCGUCAAUUGAAAAAUCAGCUAAUACGCUGAAAACUCUUGGUUUAGACCUUUAUGCUAUUUUAAACUCUAACGAAAAAACUGUCUUCGACAACGUGUUAAAUUCUUUUGUCGGAAUCGCAGCAAUCCAGAUGGCUUUGGUUGAUGUUCUCAACACUGUUGGUAUUACUCCUGAUGGAAUCGUUGGUCACUCAGUCGGGGAAUUGGCUUGUGCCUACGCUGAUGGCACAUUAACAGCUGAGCAGACCAUUAUUGUGGCCUAUUGGAGAGGACGCAGCUUGUUAGAUUUGAACUUAGCACCCGGUGCAAUGGCAGCAGUUGGCUUAUCGUGGGAAGAAGCUAAUGCACGAGUUCCGUCCGACAUUGCUGUGGCUUGUCACAACAGUGAAGACGGUGUUACCAUUUCUGGACCACCAGACUCAAUUGCUAAGUUCGUAGAUAAACUUAAAUCAGAAGGUGUCUUCGCAAGGGAAGUCAACAGUUCUGGAGUUGCGUUCCACUCUUGGUACAUAGCUGCUGCAGGACCAGUAUUUAAAGAAAAAGUCACAGGGAUUAUUGGAGUUCCAAAAGCCAGAUCAUCGAAGUGGAUAAGUACAUCCAUCCCAGAAUCCAGAUGGAACGAACCACUGGCUCAGUUUUCAUCUGUAGCUUACCAUGUAAACAAUCUGGUAUCUCCAGUGUUGUUUAAUAGUGCGUUGAAACAUGUACCCGACAAUUCUGUAGUUAUUGAAAUUGCACCACAUGCUCUUCUUCAAGCCAUAUUAAAGCCUAGUGUUGGGCCCAAGUGCUCGCAUAUUGGUUUAGUACGAAGAAAUCAAUCGACCGUUUCGAAUUUAUUGUCCAGCAUCGGAAAACUUUUCAACGCCGGACUACAUCCAAAAUUAGAAAAUCUGUAUCCACCAAUUAGUUACCCCGUAUCCAGAGGUACACCAUCACUUCAACCGUUAGUCGAAUGGGAUCAUUCUGACAAGUGGAAUGUAGUAUCUUUUAUCGAUCACGAAAUCUUGUCAUCUGGUGAAGUCCGACUGGAUAUAGACGUCGAAAACGAAUUAUACAGUUAUCUCAGAGGAAAUUAUAUCGAUGGCGUGGAAGUAUUCCCAUAUGCAUCAUAUCUUAUAUUUGCGUGGAAAGGAUUAGCUAAACUUCAACAGUCAUCCAUUGAUAAAAUUCCAAUUGGCUUUGACAACGUACAGUUCAUUAAAACCAUACCUAUACCAGAAAGUGGUAAAAUCGAAUUUUACGUAAAUAUUUUGGAGGGAACUGGAGAAUUUGAAGUAAAACAGAAUAAUGUCGUUGUUGUAACUGGUUUUAUUAAAAUCCAAUCAUCUGAUGAACAAAUGCAACUAUCAGAACUAAAGGCUUACGAAGUCGAGCAAUUAUCAACUGCUGACAUUUAUCAAGACCUUGCGUGCAAAGGAUAUAAGUACAACAAGAGCUUCCAAGGAAUCAAAUUAGCCAGCAACAAUGGAAACUGUGGAAAAAUCGCUUUCGACGGAAACUGGGCUCCGUUCCUCGAAUCUUUGCUGCAACUACACUUGUUGAAACUUGACACCAGAGAUCACUACGCCAUUCAAUAUUUGUUCAAGUUGACAAUUUUACCGGAAAAACAAUACCAGGCUGUGUCUUCAAACAGUGCGUCGUUCAGCGUGUACGACAAUAUAGGAGUGAUAAAAUCUGCCGGGGUUGAGAUUAGAGACGUAAGAUCUAUAAUGGUAUCAAUCAGAAAAGAGUUAGAACAAGAUUUUGAUCUAGAAUCUUACAUAUUUGUGCCGUUUAUCUCAGAUGAACCUGUUAGUCAACCACUUAACAAUAUUGUACAAAUCGUUUUGGAAAACGCAAGUAAAUCUUUUGACGUAUCAGAAGUAGUGACCGUACAACAAGAACUUUUAGUUUUACAAAUUUUAAGUUUAGCCAAAUCUAAAUCUUUGUUCCCGAUCAACGCUAAUGUGUACGCCAAAGACAUAAACAGUUACAAAUCUGAUCAAUCAUCAGUGAAUUAUUAUGAGCAAGAUGUAUUACUGAGCGCUUUGGAAAAACAAUCAUUUUUCGUUGUAGCAAACAGUGUAAUUGAAAAUACAAAACUUCUGAGCAACGUAUUAGUUGGAGUCGAAAGUGGAGGUUUUUUGCUUACCGUGGAACGUGCAUUUAAUUCGACGUUUAGACAAUCUGGAGUAGAUGUAAUCGCAAAGUAUACUGAUGGUCAACAAUAUUACAUUUUAUUGAAAAAAAAUAUCGAUACGCCCACUCCGUUGACAGUUUCAGUUAAAUCUUCAUUUUCGUGGAUUGAAACAUUGAAAUCUAGUAUUCAAAACGCUAACAAUAGCAAUAGGGAUAUAGUUUUAGUCAGUCAAAAUUUGGAAAAUACCGGUAUAAUUGGAUUAACAAAGAGUUUGAGACAAGAAUCGAACGGCAAAUUCGUCAAGUGCGUAUCAAUUAAGGACAACAAAGCGCCUGCAUUCUCCACGUCUACUCCCCUAUAUCAAGAACAACUUAAAAAAGGAUUAGCUGUAAAUAUGUUCCAUAGCGGUGUAUGGGGUACAUGCGUAUUCGUCCCAUACCAACCAACCACAGUUCAGGUAGAACACGCUUUUAUAAACACUAAAAAAGGUGGUGACGUCAACAGCUUACAAUUUUUCGAAGGGAAAUUAUCAACUUUCAACCCUAGCAUAAGUUAUCCCGACCAUGAGCUAUGUUACCCAUACUAUGUUCCACUCAACGGUUUGGAUGUGAAACUCGCAAAUGGUAUUUUUUCGUAUAAAGGCGUCUCUGGAGAUAUCACUCGACAAGGAAGCUAUCUCGGUAUGGAAUUUUCGGGACGUGACUCCAACGGCAAAAGAGUGAUCGGUUGGGUGCCUGGUGGCGCUUUGGCUACGUCAGUAUUGGUCCACAAAGACCUUAAGUGGCAAAUACCCGAUGAUUGGACGUUAGAAGAAGCUUGCACUGUACCAAGGACCUACGGUAUUGCUUACUAUGGGCUCGUAGCGAGAGGAAACCUACAACCAGGCGAAUCCGUGUACAUUCACGCUGGCGCUAGCGGAAUCAGUACAGCUGCUAUUGCGAUCACCCUUGAAAUAGGAGCAACUCCGUACGUAGGAGUGUUUAACAAACAACAGAGAGUAUUCUUGAAAGCCCGAUUCCCUCAACUGAACGAUGAUAGUCUUGCUGACCUUUCUGACAACGGUGGUUUCGAACAACAUUUAUUGGAACAAACCGAAGGCAAAGGAGUCGAUUUAAUAUUCGACACGUAUUCGAUGGUUAACAAACGUCAAGAGUUCGUCAACUCCUUGGCCGAGUACGGACGACUGAUAGACUUUGAAGUAUUUGCGCCCAUGCCAGAUUCAAUUGGAGUAUCUGGAAAUCUUAAGAGCAUUACGCAUAGCAAGCUUUCGGCAGACAUAAUUCUUUUCUCACCGUCUGAUACUAAAUGCAUCCAACGAUUGGUCGAUCAAGGUAUCAAAAGCAAGAUAGUAUUGCCGAUGGAAACUACCGUUUUUCCCGUCGAUCAAGUAGUGGAGGCGUUUAAAUAUAAUUCGAACUGUGCCAACAACCUGGGAAGAACUGUUGUCGAAAUCCGAGAGGAAGAAGAUAAGAAAAAUACACUUCCAGCCAAGAAAUUGGUGACCGCGUUACCGAAGUUAUUCUUCUCGCCUGAAAACUCGUUUGUCAUUAGUGGAGACGAAGAAAGCCUGAGCUUAGAAUUAAUUCAAUUCUUGGCUAACCGAGGAGCACGUAAAUUCGUGUUGGUAUCUAAAAUGAACAAGAAACCAUCGUCUGGCUAUAAGAAUUUAACAUUAAGACGUUUGAAGAACAAAAACAUCACCGUAGUCGUGUCGCUUGCAGACCCAUCAACAGUGAAAGGCGCCGAGGAUGUACUGAGAGAAGCGAUAACACUCGGUCCGGUCGGUGGAAUAUAUUAUAUAAGCACGGCUCCUGAGACCAAUGUUUUGCAAUCGUUGAGCGAAAAUGACUUCGUAACAGCGAAAAACGCCGUGUCCGACGCUGUAGCUAAUUUCGACACGUUGAGUAGGAAAUUAAUUCCUCAACUAGAGUAUUUCGUUAUUCUCGCCCCAUCUGUAGCAUCUAGAGGUGCCCAAACUAAGGCCAAUUACGUUUUCGCCAACGCGGAUAUCUAUAGGAUCGCCGAAGUCCGUAAAAUUUCAGGAUAUCCAGCAGUAAUUAUAGAAUACGGUGCAAUCGACGGUAGUCCCGCCUCAUUCAACAGUCCAAACUUUACAGCAUCGCCGAUCGUCGUCGCUUUGAAUGUUCUAGAUAAUGCUACCAAAAAUUCCAAGAAAGCCACGGUUACAUCUUUGAGCAAAUUCAACGGUCCGAAUUUGAACAAUGACACAGAUGCUGCAUCACCUGUACUAUUAGCAAUCGCGAAAAUAUUUGGUCAUAAAAGCUUGUCCAAAAUCGAUCAAACAUACACGCUCGCUCAACUAGGUCUAGACACGAUUCUUGCACCACGCGUCCUAAAAGUCAUCAAAGAACAAACCAACGCGCAAGUGGAUAUCGAAGAAUUGAGACUAAUGACUUUCCCGGUUCUCCGAGCCAAGAUUAAUGCUCUUCUCGCCUAAGACAAUGCAGCCGUAGGAAGUAUACGAAUCACGAACUCAGUCUACAGUCAUUGUGUUAAAUAAAUCUCAAAAUAUAAGAUAGCAGUAGAA